AUGGCCAAUAAGACACACACACCCCUCCACCCUCGAACGGCCACCAAGCCAAAGGAGAAAUCCUUCAACAUGCCCUUCAGCACUGAGGUCGAAAUUUUCGAUGAAGCGAGGAGCAUCUACACCAAGCGGGCUAUAUUUCAGGAUGGCCACGCCACUUCUAUCACUACCAUAACUACCGCAACUACCACCAUCAAGUCCGGCUUGGUCUUGGUCAAACCGGCAGACAUGACACCCUUCCACAAGGGCUACGACGCAUUCAUCCGCCAGCAAGAGCAAAAGCCUCUUUCGGCCCAGACUCACAAGAAGCGGAUCACCAAGGCCAAAGCUUUCGCCCCGCCGGACACGACCUCUCCAUCUCAGGGUAGUUCUCUCACGGGCACCCCAUCGCUCAAACCUAUUGUGCCCACGGCUAAGAAGGGCGUUUUCCGGGUUAUCAAGCCUCGUCGCGGUCGGAUGGAUCUGGCCGAGCGGCUGUGGAGCGGGAAGGCGGCCUUUUGUAGAUGA